CUGCUUCUCUGCUCGGGAUCAGGAGAGAAAUGUGGCGAACCGCCGAGGCUCCGCUGCUCUUAAGCUGCGGCUCUGGGCGUCUCUCUGUGACGCUGCAGCUCCGCUCCGGAUCCUGGUUGGUUAGCGGCUCCUCCUGGAGCUCAGCGCCGCCCAGAGGCGUCGCCUCCCGGCUUAAUGUCCGCCGCUCAUUGGAGGAAGCUGCGUUCAAAAAGUCCGCCUCUCCGUCCCGCUCUGCUGGGAGCUUUUCUGGUUGGUCGCCAGCAUCGUCCCGCUCCUCUCCGCGGACAUAUAAAGCAGCUUUCAGCCGCUGCUGGUCACAUUUUCUUGAGUCUGCAGAAACAAGAAGCAACAAAAUGAGUGGCCGCGGAAAGACCGGAGGAAAAACCCGAGCGAAGGCCAAGACCCGCUCCUCUAGAGCCGGACUCCAGUUCCCGGUGGGCCGCGUUCACAGGCUGCUGCGCAAAGGCAACUAUGCGGAGCGGGUCGGUGCCGGAGCCCCCGUCUACCUGGCCGCUGUGCUCGAGUAUCUGACCGCUGAGAUCCUGGAGCUGGCUGGGAACGCCGCCCGCGACAACAAGAAGACCCGCAUCAUCCCCCGUCACCUGCAGCUGGCCGUCCGCAACGACGAGGAGCUCAACAAGCUGCUGGGUGGAGUCACCAUCGCUCAGGGUGGAGUGCUGCCCAACAUCCAGGCGGUGCUGCUGCCCAAGAAGACCGAGAAGGCCGCCAAGGCCAAGUAAACCUGCUGCUGCUGUUGCUCAGCAACAAACACACAACGGCUCUUUUAAGAGCCACACA